GUUGAUGGAAUAACUAUAGAAGUAAACAACACUGUUCCUACAUUUGUUACCAUCAAGUUAAGGUCAGCCAUUGGUACUGAACAAUCAGAGGAGACGGUCAGCCCUUUACAUGGUGUCAGCAACAUAACCUGGUCGGCUACAGAUGAGAUACAAACUCGCUCCGAGCUGAUCAAGCGAUUAGCAAGUUCUAUCAACAUUUCUUUGUCUGGUCAUUUAGACUCAUCAGAUGUUUUCAGUGUUGUGGAGAUUCAUGUCAAUAGAAGAGAUAACUGCUUUGGAAACGCAGACAAUAUUAGUGGAGGAGAGUGUUAUUGUCUGGGUAAGACCCACACAACUGGACAGGAUUGUGGGACAUGUGAAGCAGGGUAUUACCGCCGCCAAAACAAACUGGACUGUCCCUUUGAGUGUAAUUGUACAAGUGCUCCAGGGAUAAAAACCGAAGGCCAGUGUAAUCAGGAUGGUGGAGGAUGUCUAUGUAAAGAUGGGGUGGAAGGCUACCAUUGUGACAGCUGUAAACAUCUGUACUAUAACCUGACUGAAUCCAAUGCUGAUGGCUGCAAGCCAUGCUCAUCUUGUGAUCAAACAGGAAGUCAAAGCUGCAAUGAUGUUGGAACAUGUCUGUGUAAAAAUAACGUGAUUAAUUCACAAUGCAACCAAUGUGCAUCCAAUACAUAUGGCUUGCACAAUCUCAAUUUUGAAGGUUGCCAGAAUUGUGCAUGUAAUACACACGGCAGUGAUCCCAAUAUAGCUGAAUGUGAUAAAGAAAAUGGAAACUGUACCUGCAAGCAAUACGUCACAGGUAGGAAGUGUGAUUUGUGUAAAUCUGGAUACAAAAAUCUUGAUUUUGCCAAUUCCCGAGGAUGUGACGACUGCACGUGUAAUAAGGUGGGGUCGCAGGACAUCACAUCAUGUGACCAGACCUCUGGGCAGUGUGUAUGUCUGUAUCCUGUCCGUCAUAACCUGCAGUGUAAUCCCAUGUUUGACUCGGAGAACUUGGAACCAGCCUUUGGUCCAGUAGCUGGUGGCACAGAGGUUACAAUUCGGGGAAGGUUCUUCAAGCACAACGUUAAUAACACGAAAGUGGAAAUCCUGGUCAACGGUGAAAACAAGUACCUCACUGUAACAAUAUUUGAGGAGCAGCGUCUGCAGUUCAUAACCAAUAGCAUCCGUGAUUCUGGUUUGUACAACAUAAUGGUGCAGUGGCCAAAAUCUGUGGGGCAGGACGAGGAGGACUUUUCCAAAACUUUCCAAUUUACAUUCAAAGUCAACCCAGUAGUCACAGAGCCUAUGAAUGCUACCGUAUUUAGAAGUGGUGGCUGUUAUGUGAAGAUCAAGGGAAGCAACUUUGAGAGUGUGUUUGAACCAAGGCUGAUAGCUCAUAUUGGAAGCACAGAAGUUUCGGACAAGACCUGUAUCAACAUUGGUGGAAAUAUGAUCAACUGUCCAUCACCUGACCUUAGAAACUACACAGGUGUGUCAACAGUCAGCUAUGGACUACAGCUGGAUGGCCUGAACAUGUACAGAAAUCUAGGAAAUAGCUUUCCUAGUGAAGCCAGAAUCACUGUCAUUGAUGACCCGAUAGUCCAUACCAACAACGACCUGACCAUUGACACUGUCUUCUCCAACAAUCUGAUUAUAAAGGGUUCAAACCUUGACAAGGCUUGUGAAGAUAGUUUUGAAAUAAAACUUGGAGAUGACGUCUGUCCAAUUCAAUCGAAGACCAGCACUGAGGUAAAAUGUACUCCAGUGAUCGUAUUCCCAGGGGAAAGUAAAGAAGUAGAACUCAAGGUUAUCAUUGGAAAUUUUCAGUCAACAGUGGGAGUGGUGAAGAUAAAGUCAUUUUGGGCUACAUGGCAGUUUAUUAUCAUCUCUGCAAGUGUUGGCGGCUGUAUUCUACUGAUCCUAAUUAUUUUCAUCAUAGUCAAGUGCUAUCGCCGUUGUCAGUCAAAUAAACUCAAAUAUCGUAAGAGUUCAGCUUCAACAGAGAGAAAUAAUCAGUUCGACAGUAUUGUAUCACCAAUUGUAGCUGAGCAAACGUCAAGUCAACCACGCCGUAACAACUACACUGACAUGUCUGGCUUGCCUUUGUCAACCAUCGAAAGUGAGGAAAGCAUGGUCGAAAAGUUCCUUCACAAAUUAGAUUCUACACUCCGUGAUGAGGUGCAUUCUAGUUUGUCUAAAUGCUCUGUAAUAAAACCUGGACUUCGCUGUAUGCAAAAAGGAGCUGAGAUUCGAAUGAUUGAUGGUAAAUUUCAGGAGGGCCCAUUUAUUGGUCAGAAUGCCACAAUCAAAACACUUGUCGCAGAAUUCAAAGACUUUGGUACAGACCUCUUGCCAAGGUGGAUAGGCACAGGAAUAGCGGAGACAUUACGAUUCCGAGAUUGUCACCAAGAUAACUUACAUCGGAGCUGUGGCAUAACCGUUGAUAAAAGUCGUUUUUAUGUCCUUUAUCCUGCCACCCAGAGAAUCCUGAAGGAACAUUUGCGAGACAGGAAACAGGAGUUUACAUCCUUCAGCUUGAUUGAGAUCUGUCAGAAGAUCGCAGAGGCGAUGGACUACCUAUCCUCAAAUAACAUUAUCCACCGUGAUGUAGCUACUCGUAACUGUAUAGUGUGUCCUGGUGAUAUUGUGAAAAUUUCGGAUGCAGCCUUUUCCUGGAGCCUGUUCCCAGAUGAGUACAUGUAUGAUUCUGAACGAGAACGAUGGCUUCCGGUGCGAUGGAUGGCCCAGGACUGUCACCAGUUUGGAUUCUACAGUACAGCUACAGACGUGUGGUCAUACGGUGUAUUGAUGUGGGAGGUGAUGUCCCGUGGUGUUUUGCUGCCCUACUUCGACAUCGAAAAAAAUGAGGAUAUAAAAGAUCAUGUUAUAAGUGGCUUUCGUCUCGGAAAACCUGAAACUGUACCUGAUGAAAUGUACACCCUGAUGAUGUCUUGUUGGGAGACAAACCAUAGCAAACGCCCUGCUUUUGUACGCAUCAUUGAACGUUUGAUAGACAUUCUGAAUCCGCCAGAGUCUCCAACACUGAUGUAUCAGAACCAGCAGCAUGAGGAGCUGCCCGAGUACGGAAAUGUUCCAGAUGACAGACCAAAGCUUCCCUCACGGGCCAAUAUGCCAGCAAAGAAUGGCGAUGUCAAUUUCGGUUCUACGUAAUAAUUGAGAUGAAAUUGACUGUUGACAGAAAAACUUUGAUACUUCUCAGCAUCAUGAGGACCAGCUAUAGGCAUAGUCAUCAUUGUAGGCAAGCAGCUUGUGAGAAGAUCUGUCAGAGGAUUAACUUCCAAACAAAACUUCAUAUAUCUAUAUUACAAAAUGUAAUUAAAAAAAAUGUGUGCCAUACUAACUUCAAAAGUCUAUGAUGUGUGUAUAUAAUGCAGUCAAAUAAGCCAUGUAUAUGAUGUCUAUACAGUCAGUGUGUGUAAGGUUCAAAUAUAGAUGUGUCCAACAAGGUUUGGGUCUGCAUGGUCAGUCAAAUCAGCCAGUCCAGCAAUAUGUGUCUCCAGUCAAACCAAAUAUUCUCUUGGGUUUUUUCUUUCUUUUAUGUGGGUUUUCCUGGUCUGGAUAAAGACAAGAUAAAAAAUGAAUAAAUACUUGAUAAAGACUUCAAAAUCACUCAGUAUAUGUAAUGUUAAAGAUUGUGUGUAUAUUUUCUUAAAUCUGAAAAAACAAAUCUCCCACUUUACUGUCUUUUAUUUGAUAGCAAAAUUACUCUAAAGUAGAGGGAAUACAGAUGUUCCCAGCUGAAAUGUAUUUCUGUUUUGAACCAGAUAAAAAGAGCAAAAUUACAUUUCAAGUCCUGACAGUAGAUAUUGAAGGAAUUCUAAAACCUGUAAUUAGGGUCUUGUAUCCCCAUCCCAGUCUGA